AUGUCAAUGGCGCAUGAUUGGCGUCCAUGUACAUGUUGGGUAAAUGCCCAGCUGAAAGCAUGGAUGCAUAUCCAGCCUAAUGUUCAACUUUUGCUUGUCGCACAGCUGGCACAGCGGCUUGCUGAGCAGCUAGAUUGCGAAAGAGGCAACUGCCAGCUUCCAGUCUUUGAGGACCUUUUUCCAGAGGCUUUCACAGAGAAGGAGUCUGAUGCAGACAAGAACAGGCUUUGGCCCGGCGGCUUCAAGAUCAAAACUGUGCCUGAAGAGGGAGAUGAUUUGGAGGACUUUGAGGAGUCUGACGAGUGUCAGUCACGUCAGUCGUUCGAUGACGGAGUUGGCGGAGGUGGCAUUGCCCAGGCAUCUGCACAGCACUUGUUGCUCACGACCGAUUCCAAGAAUGAUUCAGAGGUGCCGACAUUGCGCUGUCCGCCACUUCAGUUUGUUCUGUGGCCAGUUGAGCAUAUUUGGCUCCGAUCUUGGUUUCAAGUGAAAGGCGUUCCCAAAUUUAGAGAGAAAAUCUAG